CAUAUUCGGAGUACCUCAGCUUUGCUUUCCAAAUUGGUGCUAUAAACUUCUAUCUAAACAACUAAUCAAAACGACUCACAAGAUAGAUAUAGCUGAAACUAUUUUACAAAUCUCAAAGCGUCCGACGUCGAAUUUUCGUCUUCCGAAGCACUUUUGGGAACAUUACUGGGUAUAGCUAGCUAUACUUAGCCACCCAUCCGAUACCGAUAUCAGAGGUUGACCUUGCUUGUUACGCUAAACAUUUCGUCCGGACGUUGUGGCAAGCGUCUUUUCAGACUCCUCGCCUGUAACACCAACACCAUCAAUAUCGCGCUCAGUAUGCCUUCAGUGAAAAGGGAGACGCACCAAAGGAUUAUCCAGCAGUUUGAAGCCGACUAUGCACCUGCUAAAUUCACUAUAUAUCAGUCAGAGAGGACUGGUAUGAGGAGUGUCGUGGUCGACCGGAAGGGUCCGAAAGUGCAAGGCUAUUUUACUUUAGCAACUGAGAUACAUGAUGACUCAGGAGCUCCGCAUACUCUUGAGCAUCUCGUGUUCAUGGGGUCGAAAACUUACAAAUACAAAGGUGUAUUAGACAAGCUUGCAACUCGUGCAUAUUCAAAUACAAAUGCAUGGACCGCAACUGAUCAUACAGCCUACACGCUGGAUACAGCAGGUUGGGACGGCUUUGCUCAGAUCCUCCCCAUCUACCUGGAACAUAUUCUGCUACCUACACUCACAGACGAAGGGUGUUAUACGGAAGUCCAUCAUGUCGAUGGUACUGGACGCGACGCAGGUGUCGUCUACUCUGAAAUGCAAGGCGUUCAAAACAAUCAAGCCGAGCUCAUGGAACUUCACGCUCGCCGGAUCAUGUAUCCUGAAGGAGAUGGCUUUCGCUACGAGACCGGUGGAAUGAUGGAGCAACUUCGUGUCUUGACUGCUGAUAGAAUACGAGAAUUUCACAAAGUAAUGUAUCAACCUAAAAAUCUUUGCCUUAUACUCGUUGGCGAGAUAAACCACGAAAGUCUGCUUGACAUUCUUGACACCUUUGAGGAUGGAGCAUUGGAUGACUUGCCGCCCAUCGAAGCCCGGUUCUCACGACCAUGGGUCGAUUCUAAGCGAACACCACUUCUCUCAAAAACCACAGUCGACCGCGUAGAGUUCCCGGAGGCGGAUGAGUCCUAUGGCGAGAUCUUGAUUGGAUUCUUUGGACCAGACUGUCUCAAUGCUACUCUUGAUUCAGCUACAAAUGUACUGCUGACGUACCUAGCCGAGUCCUCUGUCUCUGUUUUGGUGAACACAUUAGUGGAGAAAGAGCAGCUUGCCAGUUCAGUAUAUUAUCAGGUUGAAGUGCGACCAAAUCUAGUGAUAUGGUUCACUCUCAGCGCUGUAGAGACUCCUAAGGUCGCAGAUGUCGAGACACGUUUCUUCGAGAUCCUUCGCGAUGCAGCCGUUAAACCACUAGACAUGCCGUACAUGAGAGAAUGUCUCGCCAGGUUUCGGAGGCAGAUCAAGUUUUCUGCAGAGUCCUCUGCUAGUGUAUUCACCGAUCCCAUUAUCUACGAUCAUCUUUUCUCGAAGCGCGAUGGCGAAAUUCUAAAAAGAUCCUUGAGCUCACUAAGUGAUCUUGACGAGCUUGAUAGUUGGACAGAGAUCCAGUGGAAGUCAUUUCUAAAGCAAUGGCUUGCAGAUGCAGAUCAUGUGUCGAUCCUUGGUGUUCCUUCAAAGGUGUUAUCUGAGAAACUGAAGGAGGACGAAAAGGCUCGAGUAAAGGCACAGCAGGAAAAGCUUGGAGAGCUCGGACUGAUGAAGCUUGCGCAGAAGCUAGAGCAAGCCAAAGCAGAGAAUGAUAAGCCAAUUCCAUCGGAGGUCCUUGAGCAAUUUGAGAUCCCGGACACGGAGUCAAUCCACUUCUUUCCUUCAAUUACCGCCAGAUCAGGUCUGGCGAAGAAGAUGGGACCCAUUAAGAAUGACAUUCAGGAAGUUAUCGACAGAGACGCUGCUGAUCUACCACUAUUCGUACAUGUUGAACACAUCCCGACAAAUUUCGCUCACGUCAACCUGAUAUUGUCGACAGUUUCGGUACCGUUAAAACUCAAGCCGCUGCUGUCCGUGUACCUAAACAAUUUCUUCAACACGCCCAUCAAUCAAGAUGAGAAGCGCGUGGAAUUCGAGAAAGUCGUUGCACAGCUGGAGAAAGAUACAGUCUCGUAUGAUAUCGACACUGGUAGCGCUGUUGGAAAUUGUGAGCUUAUCCGCAUUAGGUUGAUUGUCCAGCAAGACAAGUAUGAGGUGGCAAUCAGGUGGAUUCGUGACAUGCUAUUCGACAGCAUCUUCGAUAUAGAGCGAUUGAAAACCACAGUCAACAAGCUUCUGGCUGAUGUCCCAGACGAAAAGAGAAGCGGUAAUGGAAUGUGCUACGCUGUCAAUUCUAUGAUUCAUUACACACCCGCGGCAUCGAGCCGAGCACAAAACACGCUCGUCAAAGCUUUGUACCUCAAACGCAUACUCAAGCAACUAGAAAGAGAACCAGAGGAAAUAAUUGGACGCAUGGAAGCCCUCCGUAGGUCACUCGCACGGUUCGGCAAUGCCCGCGCCUUCGUAGUAGCUAACGUUGAGACUUUGCCACGUCCGAUAUCGUCAUGGAAAACUUUAGUAGAUUCCUUCGAUACAAGUGAGGAUCUCGCUCCAUUGGACUCGCGCCAAGCUGUCCUGUCUGAUGCGGGGAAAAGUCCUGGAAGUCUUGCCUAUAUCGUGCCCAUGCCGCCAAUCGACUCGUCCUUCCUCCUCUUGACCGGCAAAUGUCUCGACUCGUACGCGCACCCUAAGCUGCCCGCACUCAUCGUGGCUCUCUCCUAUCUCGACGCAGUUGAAGGCCCUAUGUGGGUUGCCGUUCGAGGCACUGGUCUCGCAUAUGGAACAUCAUUUGCCCGCGAGACUGCUACUGGCCUACUCGCAUUCCGUGUGUACCGCUCGCCAGAUGCUUUCAAAGCGUACAGCGUCGCGAAGAUGGUCAUCGAGGAGUACAUUAGUGGGAAGCGGCCUUUCGAAAAGCAUGCGCUGGAGGGCGCGGUCAGCAGCAUUGUGGUAGACUUUGUGAACGAGGAACCGACGAUGAGUCGUGCUGCGUUGUCCGGCUUUGUCAAUCAAGUAGUCAGGGGGGUCGGAAAGGACUGGAAGGAAGAGAUGUUGAAAAAGGUCAGAGCGGUCAAGGUCGAGGAGAUCAAAGAGGUGUUGCAAGGUAUUGUACUGCCAGUGUUUAAGCCUGAGACGGCGAAUUUGGUCGUCUCCUGCGCUACGAUUAUGGAAGAGGGUCUGAAGAAGAACUUCGAAGAGGCUGGAUUCAAGCCUGAAGUGCAAGCACUCACCUUCUUCCAAGACGACUAUGGACUCAAGCUCAAGGAUGAUGACGAGUCUGAUGUUGAGGCGGAGGGAGACGAGGAGGAAUAUGGCGAGGGAGAAGGAGAUGGCGACGAGAGCAUAAGUGAUGAGGAAUAGGUUAGGCAUGGAGGUAGCGCGAGCAUCUACUUGCAUGAUCUUAGUGAUGAACAUUACAUAAAGGCUGUGUCUCAGCUUCCACCAAAAGUCGGUCCAACAACUGUAAAAAUUUACGUAUAGGGCCUGGCCUACCAAAUGAUUGGUGCCUGAAAAUGGGUUCCCUUAUAUCACGCCAUGCAACGCGGCAUUUCACACAUCAAGCUGUCAAUAUUCCUUCUCGAAGAUCUUCUGAAUGGGCUCCGCCGUAUUCACAAACUUCUCAAGCUCAAUGUCCAGGUUCGCCAGGUCCUCUCUUCUCUUCUUAUUUUCAGCGAUCAAGCCCUGCUUCUUCCUCAGGAGGCCCUGUCUCUGUUCCUCCAACGCCUGUCGCUCCAUAUGCUCAUGCUCGAUCCGUGCUACCAUCAGUUCAUUUUCAUCAU